AUGCUCGUCGCCGUGCCCGUCGUCAUCGUGGGCCGCUCAGACCAGGCUGUCUUGGCCCGAGAUUCAAAACGGGACCCGGCCUUCUGGAACAUGCCGCCGGAGUGCGCCGCCACCCGUGGGACCGUGGGCGUGGGCGUGGUUAUGGCCGUCGAAGAAAAGGAAGAAGGGGUGGCCUCGGCUGACGAGAAGGUUGUUGGUCCACCAAUUGUUGUGCCGUCAGUGUGA